CCGGCCCCGGCCGCGGCCCCGGCUCCGGCCCCGGCGGCGGAGGCGGCGGCCACCCCCUACGUGGGGCUGCGGCGGCCCCUGGGCUACCAGCUGGCCAAGGCCACCAAGGAGCGCAUCUGGCGGGGGGAGUUCAUUGACCUGUUUUCCUUGCUCCACACAGAGCUGGCCCCCGAGCACGGCCCGCGGCCGGGGGACACGCUGGACCAGUGGGUCUCCGCCUUUCUGGUGUACGCCAGCGUGGUGUGCGAGAAGCACCCGGCGCGCUGCGGGGCCAUGUUCAAGUACCUGGACACCAUCCGCAAGCUGCACGCCACCUACGGGGGCACCUCGUGGAUGAGCUACGACGAGGACUUUCGGCGGCGGGCGGCCAAGGACCCCAACCUGCCGUGGGGCGACGUCGACCUGGACCUCUGGAUGAAGUGGAUGGCGCCCCUCAAGUCGCUCGUCAGCAGGCACCAGCGUGCCGAGAGCGAGCCGCAGGCCGCGCCGCCACCUCCACCGCCGCCACCAUCCUCGUCGUCGGCCCAGAGCCCCAAGCAGGAGGAGAAAAGCCAGACUCCAUGAAAACAGAAGGCCAGUUGGAAUGGCAGUCAGACUAAGUGGGUUUCUUCGGUUCCCAGCAACACAUUACUGCAUGGAUGCGCGUAUGGCAUUGGCACUGGGUGAAUCCUGCCCUUACAGCUCCUGAGGUUGUCGUGUCCUUGCUGAGUCAGCGUGCUGGCUGUGCUGAAAGGGUGGCGCAGGACCACGUAUCUUCCGUUCAUCAUUGAUUCAUGAGUAGAUUUCUUCUGGUGAUAACAAGCGAAGCUUGCUGUCAUUUGCGUGGUACGGCAGACAGCAUGGAGAUGCUGAAGUCUGCUGUCUGAAAGCAGAUGUUGAAGAUAACCAUUUAACUGAGUGACGAGUGAAGAUACAGCACGCAGCAGGUGAGAGGCUUGGAGGAGAAAUGAAUCAUGAUUUUAUCACCCAUACACUGUGAUCUGCAGCAGAAAUCACGAACACACAUUUUUUGAUGCUGUUUUUGUAAGUCCCGUUACUUAGAUAGGAUGGGAAGAUGUUCUUUCUUCAGUGUUUCUGUAUUUCUUACGCUUUGCUCAAAAUAAAUUAUAAAAUCACAGAA